AUGGAGUCUUCAAGGGAAAACAGUUCGAACGCAAUGUCUGGCUGCUGCAGUGUCUAUGUAGCUAACAUACCGCCCUCUGUAGAUAGUGUGAAGUUAAAGAAUUUUUUUUCACCUACUGGAAAGGUUCUUCAUGUCAAGCUUCUUCUGGAUAUCGCAACGGGCAUGUCACGCGGUGUUGCCUUUAUUAUGUUUGAGAGCGUCGACGUUGCGAAAAAGGUCUGUGAAAUGAUGAAUCGUGUCGUUUUGGAUGGGAACGUGCUUCAAGUAAGGCUUUCUGAGCGAAGUACCUUGGAUUCAUGUGUGAAUGCCCACGUAAUCACAAACAUUGUUUACAUACGUAAUGUUCCUGGAAAUAUUACACUGAAAACAGUUCAAUCUUAUUGUGAAAUGAAUUUUGGGCCCGUGACAAAUGUGUCUUUGCACCCGCAAUCGUGUUUGCUUGGGGGACCGUCACCCUAUAACAUGGUGUUUGUGCAUUUUGUGCAUAUUUCUGAUGCAUGCCGAUGCGUGGAAGGCAUUGAUGGAAAAGCACCUUUUCCAUUUCCUUAUUUGCCGCAUCCUUUUGCUGUGGCUAAGAUGAUUGAGGACGUGGAUGCUGAAAGGAGGAAAUCCAUUAUUCUUCGCCCGAGGAAUACGGCUCCUAACUCCACUUUGGCGUGCGCACCACCAGUACCGGCUUCUGGAAAGCCUGCUUCUCCUGUUUUUAUGGAUUCCACGACUGUGAGUCCAGUAAUUUGUGAUACAUCAGCUCAGUUCAUAUCCCAAGCUCCUGUUCUUCCAUUCAUCGUGGCAUACCAACAAAGAGAGAAUUAUUUUCCGUUUAUUACCGCCCCGUUAAGUGCCCCUGAGUCGACGUUGACACCCCGCGUUUUUGUUCCCCCGACAAAUGACCCUCAAAGGCUCUUCUUUUUUUCGAAUCAUGGGUAUUCAAUGCUCCUGUAA